UGCACGUGCUGGCCGAGGCGCAGGUCAGCCAGAGCAUGCACUUCGCACGGCCGCCGGAGGCCGACGAGGACCAGUUCGACGGCAUCUCGCACACCGUCGACGAGCACGGCGUGCCGCUGCUUCCGGACGUGGCCGCAGGUAUUCGGUGUUCCGUCUUCAAGUCGGAUGUGGUCGGCGACCAUGCUGUCAUCUAUGGCCAAGUCUUGGAAUCAACAGUUGCUAAGGACUGCCACCCCAUGGUGUUCUACAAGCGGUCGUACCACAGCCUGGCGGACGCGGCGUUCAUGUCGGCGUUCGAGCACCAGACGCUGCCGUUCGAGGACUGGACGCACGAGGCGCACGUGCGCAUGGCCUGGAAUUACCUGAUCAGUCACCCGCUGGAGGAGGCGGAGCGCCUCAUCAAACAGGGCAUCCAGCGGUACAACGCGGUGAACAAGACGCGCGUAUCACGCGGCUACCACGAGACGGUGACGUGCUGCUUCGUGCGGCUGGUGGCGGCGGCGCUGCGGGCGGCGCCACCGGCUGCCACGUUCGAGCAGUUCCGGCGUCAGCACGCGCACCUGCUGCACCCGGCCGUGCUCGGCCGCCACUACUCGGCCGCGCUGCUGGACACGGACGAGGCUAAGCACAGGUUCGUGGCGCCGGACCUGGCGCCGCUCGCCUAG